AUGAUGACCUAUCUGGUGGAUAUCUUCCAUGAGAAGAGUGCCGGCGCCAGUGCCAGUUUUAACCUCGCCCGCUGCUUGUUUGCUGCCGGGAACACUAGUUUUGUCGUGCCUCUGAUCGAUGCCGUUGGCGUGGGGCUCAUCUUUACUAUUUGUGUUGCUGUGCAACUGCUUUCCCUGGUUGGUCCUCUGGUGCAGUGGAGAUUCGCCGCUGCAUUGAGGGAAAAUGCUGCAAGACAGGAAGCUCAAGCUACCGAGUCUAAAUUAUAA